AUGAAGAGUUAUGACGGCUGCUGGACAUGCCGGCUGAGGAAGAAGCGGUGCGAUGAGACACGGCCAGUGUGCAGAAACUGCUCCGCGCUGCAUAUUACCUGCCACUUCGGCGAAGAGAAGCCGUCUUGGAUGGACAACGGGAUUGGACAGAAAGAAAAAGCCGAAGAGAUCAAGCGCGAGGUUAAGAGUGCUGCCGCGCGACGUCGCGGGACCUUGCCCAUGGAUGUCGUUGCCAACAAUGACGAUGAGUCGAUUACGGGCGGGCUCAGGCGAUGCAGUGCGUCGACAGAGUGCCCGCCAUUUUCCGCUGAGUCGAAUUCGAAUCUAGGCUCUAGUCCUGGUUGGAUCCCCUCUGCGCAUACGCUACCCAUCACAAGACCGAGUAAUGGCCACCCAGACUCCUGGAAUAAGCUGAAUAGGCUGAUUAUAAGCAAUACAUCUGGUAUGGAACCGGAGGACUCAGAACUAGACCGCCGCUUCAUGAUGUUCUACCUUGACCACUUCUUCCCGUUUCUAUUCCCUUUUUACCAACCCCCACUACUGGAGGGUGGGCGUACGUGGGUUAUGGAACUUAUUGCUAGCGAUCAGGCUAUGUGGCACACAACACUUUGCCUUAGCACAUAUUUUGUUUCCGUCGCCCUGGAUGGCGCUGUUUCAGGACCUAACGUAUGCAAGUCACUCGCUUGGGAAAGGCUUCUGAAGCAGAUGGGUAUAACCUUUAUGAUGCUCCAGCGCAGCCUCCAGGAAGUUACUUUAAGCGGUACGCAGGAUCUAAUAGUCAAGACCUCUCGAAUUAUGGGAAGCAUUAUUCAACUACAACGGUUCGAGAUCUCGAUCGGGAACUUCGAGAAUUGUCAAAAGCACCUUGAUGCGGCCAUUACACUAUUCAGACAGAUCUUCAAGGCUGCGGAAAAUGUAAUCGACCGGGGCGAGCUGGCUACUUUCCACGAUGUCUUGAGUCAUAUGGGACGGCCGCUCUGGUCUAUAACAUCUCAACAGUGCGGGGCGUGGAACUCCAAUCAAGCCGCUUUCCGAUUUUACUCUGCGCUUCUCAUCUUAGACGACAUUAUCGCCAGUACAUGCAUAGAGGAAGCACCUAGGUUGCGCCAGUAUCACACUCAACUCCUAACUAAAUGCAGCAGCUCCGACGAGAGAUUUCGUCUGAACCUCGAGGACUUUAUCGGCUGCGAGAACUGGGUUAUAUUGCAGAUCAGCGAGAUAUCUGCGCUCGAUGCGUGGAAGAAGUCAAUAAAAAGAGCCGGGAAGCUCGACAUGAUGGAGCUGGUGGCGCGAGCGACGCCAAUCAAGCAGGCACUGCUCACUAACCUCGCACGUCUCGACACCUCGGUCAAUAUGCCAAAGACUAACUGGCUCGGCUUGUUCGUCCUCUACAAUUACCAGUUACCACCUGUGCCGGGUGGCUGCACUGCAUUCACCACCCGUGUCUGGGCGCAUGCCGCAUUGCUCUAUCUCUCAGUUGUAGUCUCUGGGUGGCAGCCCAAGAGUACUGCGAUCCGGGAGAACGUGUUACGGACACUGGCGCUGCUGGAGCAAAUGCCGGCACCUGAGUUGCUGCGGACCCUAAUUUGGCCCUUCUGCAUAGUCGGCUGCCUGGCUGAGCCCGAAGAGGAAUGCCGCUUUCGGGCAAUGGUAGAGGCGCUGGUCCCGCAUCAACUCUUUGGAGCCGCGCGGAAGGCACUGGAGAUUAUGGAGAACGCCUGGAAAUGCAGAGGCGAGCUAGCCAUCGAUACAGACUUUGGGAUGUGCGUCUGCAGCUUGGGGUAUCUAUCCGUAUUGGUCUGA